GCUGCAUCCACUGCCUCCCCUGCUUAUCCCACAGUCUGAGGAGCUGGUUCUGUCAGCAAUAAGAACUCAGAAGCUGACCUGCUAAAGUGGAAAGGCUGACCCUUCAGAAGACCGGUGUGUAGUGCAAGAACUGUUGGGAAGGUUGCUCACUUGAUCUCCACCAUCACCAUGACGCAGAAGUGCUUUUGGCUCCCUCUCCUGGUGAUGUUGCUGGCUGAGACUCCUGUGCUCUGUGGACCAGCAUAUGGGGGGCAGCUGGUGAGGACGACCAGAAUGAGGCGGCAGGCCUCUGAAGCGGACACUCCCGUGAGCAAUGACACCAUGAGGGAGCAGCCUUUUGUCUUCAACCACAUUUACAACAUCAAUGUCCCACUGGAAUCCUUGUGCUCUGUGGACCUGGACUCUGCCCCCGGCCCAGAGGCUAAAGCAGAGACAGAUGUGCCACCAACUGACUAUGUAGUUCAGACGGCCGACGUAGACAGCCAGGUGACCUUCACACAUCGUAUCAACAUCCCCAAGCAGGCCUGUGCGUGUCCAGCAGCCAACACCAUCCAGCAACUUAUCAGCCGGAUUGAGGUCCUGGAGAGGGAAGUGUCCCUGUUACGAGCCCAUUGCGAGUCCAGCUGCUGUGGAGAGAGUGCGGCUGAAGGCCGACUGGACUUUAUUCCCCACUGCAGUGGACAUGGGCGCUUCAGCUUGGAUGUGUGUGGCUGCGUUUGUGAGGACGGCUGGACCGGCAGGAACUGCUCAGAGGCACGAUGCCCAGGUGACUGCUCAGGCCAGGGCAUGUGCGUGGAGGGAGAGUGUGUGUGCGACAGCGACUUCACUGGUGAGAACUGCUCAGAGGCUCGCUGUCCCAGUGACUGCUCUGGCCGGGGGCUGUGCAUCGACGGGGAGUGCGUGUGUGAGGAGGUCUACACUGGGGAGGACUGCUCCCUGGGGCGCUGCCUCAAUGACUGCUCUGACCGGGGGCUCUGCAUCAACGGCACGUGUCGGUGCAACUCGGGCUACACUGGGGAGGACUGCAGCCUGACUACCUGCUCCAACAACUGCAGCCAGAAGGGCAGCUGCAGCCUGGGCAUGUGCAGCUGUCAGGAGGGCUUUGCUGGAGAUGACUGCUCCUCAGUGGCUCCACCCCUGAACCUGCAUGUUCUGGACAUAACGGAGCACAGCAUCCAGCUGGGCUGGGAGGGCUCGCUGGCUUCGACAGACUACCUAAUCACUUAUGUGGCCACCAGUCCUGGCGGAGUCCAGCAGGAAAUGCGAGUGCCUGGAAGCCAGAGCAGAUGCACCAUCACUGAGCUUGAGCCCGGAAUGGAGUACAGCAUCAGUGUCUAUGCCACACUCAACAGCAAAGCCAGCCUGCCAGUCAGCACUCAGGUGUCCACUUAUCUGUCCAGUCCAGAAGGUUUAGUCUUCAAAUCCAUCACAGAGACAUCAGUACAGGUGCAAUGGGUGCCCUUCUCCUACGCUUUUGAUGGUUGGGAAAUAAGUUUCACCCCCAAGGACAAUGAGGGUGGCAUGACAGCCCAGCUACCCAGUACUGUCACUUCCUUCAAUCAAACAGGCCUCAGGCCUGGGGAGGAGUACACAGUCAACCUGGUGGCCCUGAAGGAACAGGGCCGGAGCCAACCGCUGACCGUCACCGUCACAACAUUGAUCGAUGGACCCACGCUGCUCACAGUGCGAGACACAUCUGAUACAGUGGCAUUUGUCGAGUGGCGUCCCCCUAAGGCCAAGGUGGACCAGCUGCUCCUGCGCUAUGGGUUGCUGGGCAGGGAUGGAUCUAAGACCACCUUCCGACUGCAGCCAACUCAGAGCCAGUACUCACUCCAGGUUCUGCGGCCUGGGUCACGGUAUGAAGUGUCAGUGAGUGGGAUCCGGAAUGGCAAUGAGAGCACAGCUGUCUGCACCUGGUUCACAACUGAGAUCGAUGCCCCUAAAAACCCCAGGGUGCUGUCCAUGACAUCCACGGCGCUGGAGCUGGAGUGGGACAACAGUGAGGCAGAUGUGGAGGCUUACCAAGUCGUCUACAGCACUUUGGCGGGGGAUCAGUAUGACACUGUCAUAGUCACCCCCGGUGACGGUCCAACCAGCAAGGCAACACUUACUGACUUGGUGCCAGGCACAGAAUACGGCAUUGGGAUCUCAGCCAUUCUUGAGGGAAAUCAGAGUUCCCCAGCAACAGUUAAUGCCAGAACAGGCCUGGAUGCUCCCCCAGACCUAACGGUGACAGCCUCAACAGACAACACCAUAUCUCUGCUCUGGGCUCCAGUUCGGGGCCCCCUUGACCACUACAGGGUGUCCUACACAUCUUCUACAGGGGAGACCAAAGAGAUGACUGUGUCCAAUGGCCUCAACACUGCAGUGCUGACUGAUCUGGAGCCUGGCACAGAAUACACCAUCACUGUGAGCACUCAACGUGGCCGGCAGCAGAGUACAGCAGCCAGCAUUGACGCCUUCACAGGUUUCCGUCCUGUCAUGCAGCUCUAUUUCCCAGACGUCACCUCCUCCACCGUGACAGUGGCUUGGAAUGCCCCUGCCCCGCCGGCCGACAUGUUCAUCUUGACUUACACCCCGCAGGAUAGUGACGACACCCUUGUGGUCACUCUGGAGGGCUUUAAGACCCAGACCAUCGUCAGCGGCUUACAUCCUUCUACCCUAUACAAAAUCACUCUAAUCACUCAGCAAGGCAACAUGACCUCUGAACCAGUCACAGGCCUGGUCAUCACAGGUAUGGACCCCCCCAGGGAAGUGACUGUGUCUUCAGUCACUGAGGACUCAAUAACAAUAUCCUGGACAGAGCCUCUUGCUCCUUUUGGCUAUUACAAGAUGUCUUACGAGCCGUCCAGAGGAAGGGUAGACAAUGUACAGAUUGAUAGCAGUGUGACCAACUACACCCUGGACAGCCUGCACCCUGCGACGGAGUAUGUGAUCAAGCUGAGCACGGUGCGCAGCACCCAGGAGAGCGACACCGUCACUACCCGAGUCUUCACAGCUAUGGAUGUACCCCUGGAUCUGAUUGCCCUGAACAUCACCCCUCAGGGGGCCCUCCUCAGAUGGACUCCCCCUCUCGCUAAUGUAGACGUCUACAUUCUAACCCUAACUUACAACCAAGUGACUGCAGACACCAUUGUGGUAGAAGGCAGCAAACAGGAGUACUUGUUGAGCAAACUCAUCCCCAGCACCACCUACUCUGUCACCAUCUAUGCCACCAAGGGCCCGUUGACAAGUGGCACCGUCAUCACCAACUUUGCCACACCCAUGGAUGCACCCUGGAACCUGACGGCCAGCGAGGUGAACCACCACAGUGCCCUCGUGUCCUGGCAGCCGCCACUCACCCCCAUCGACAACUACAUGCUAACCUACCGGGCGGGCGAUGGUGCACGCAAGGAGCUGAUCCUAGACGCUGAGGACACCUGGAUUCGCUUAGAGGGUCUCGCUGAAACGGCAGAGUAUAUAGUGUGGCUGCAGGCGGCUCGUGGCCUAGAAACCAGCGCCAUUGUCUCCAGCUCCUUCACCACAGGUAACCGGCUGUUCAGCAGCCCACAGAACUGCGCUCAGCACCUGCUGAACGGGGAAUCCAUCAAUGGCCUUUACACCAUCUACCUGAAUCGGGAUCCUGCACAGAGCUUGCAGGUUUACUGCGACAUGACCACAGAUGGAGGGGGCUGGAUUGUUGUCCAGCGGCGUCAGAAUGGCCUGACCGACUUCUCACGGAAGUGGAGUGAUUACAGAAGUGGUUUUGGGAACUUGGAAGAUGAGUUCUGGCUGGGUCUGGAGAACAUCCACAGGAUCACGUCGCAGGGCCACUACGAGCUCAGGAUUGACAUGAAGGAUGGGCAGGAAUCAGUGUACGCCAACUACGACAGGUUUGCCAUUGGGGACUCCAGAAACCAGUACAAGCUACGCAUUGGAGAGUACAAUGGCACUGCAGGGGAUUCCCUAAGCUACCACCAGGGCCGUCCCUUCUCCACUAAAGACAGAGACAAUGACGUUGCUGUCACCAACUGUGCUCUAUCCUACAAAGGGGCCUGGUGGUAUAAGAACUGCCACCGAGCCAACCUGAAUGGCAAAUACGGCGAGUCCAGGCACAGCCAGGGCAUCAACUGGUUCCACUGGAAGGGCCAUGAAUUCUCCAUUCCAUUUGUGGAGAUGAAGAUUCGACCUUUCAACUACCGCAGCAUAAGUGGAAAGAGGAAGCGGUCCACUGGACUAUAACCCACCCCUCCCUCACUAAGACGUUCCUAUUUUAGGGGAAGGAGAGAUGGAGGCAUGUCAGUUAUGUAAUUAGGGAGAGAUGACUGUCCUAUGAACAUCCUGAAGACAGGGGGUGCAGCAGGUGCUUGUAACACUGCUUUAUUCUUCAUUUAUUUGCUCCAUUGCAGUGGUGUGGAAGGACAGCCAGUGAGUGUCUGUACAUACUCAGCUGCUGUUUAGAGCCAGGCCCACUUCACUUCUACUCUUUUAUCAAGAAUUUUAACAAAACAGUAUGCACCCUAAAAUGACUGACAUUUCUAUUUUUAUAACAAAAAUACUCUACCCAGUCCUGCUGUUUUUCCAUGUUAAUGUUUCUGCUUUUAUGUUAAUGUUACUUGCCUGUUAACCAUGUGCUGUCCCUGACUGGAAUGAGAUAUAACUUGCAGGGAUGGGAAAAGACCUGAGAAUUGCUUGAUAAUUACUGGCAUGCGAUUUCACUCUUUUGUACCUACCAAUACAGUAACAAAUCCAAAUUAUGAUGAGGUCUUCUUUAUAAAUAGAUUUUAAAUCUGUUCAGCCUCAAGUAAAGGAGACUGAGGGGGUACAUGAUCCAGGUCUAUAAGAUUCUAACAGGUUUGGAUGCUGUUCAACCGAAUAGUUACU